UAAAGUCUAGAUUUGUUUUAGCGAAAAAAAAAUUUGGGGGUUAGGUGCACUUUAACCGUGAUGCGAGAUGCCUCGUCACAUUUUUAUCUUUUUUUUAUUUUCCAAACAACACAUGGUUUCUUCCACUCAAACUUGAGCUCGUAUGGUUGGAUGAAUCUUUACCUUGUACAUCAAACUGUUGAUAAAUCUGGCUUGGCUUUUUUGGAAUUGGAAGAACGAAAAUUUAUCUGAUCAAUAUUAGUUUAGUUUUCAACAACGGGUAAAGGUUGUACUGAAAAUAAACAAACGGGUAAACUUCAAAUUAUGGUGAGUAACCCUUUAUGUUUUUUUAUGAUUUUUACUAAGUUGUUCAAAUUGCUCUUAGCACAUUCUUGCACAAUUCAAUAGAUCAGAGGGCUUAAAAAAUAGCUUGAGGAACAUUUUUUAUGCCCUAUAAUAUAACCUGGCGAGAGGAGUUGGUAGUCAACAGACAUGCAGCAAAAAGAGGCUAACAUGACAUCAAAAAAGUUAACCAUUUUUUUUUUUUGAUCAAUCAAAAUUUACAACAACAGUGGGCACGUUCUGAUACGAUUUGAAGAGAGAGUUGUGUUCCGCUGACCAUAUCUUUAUGGCUUUAUUGAUAUAGUGCGGGGCGAUCGCUGACACUUAUUCACCUGUAAGUGGUUGUUAUUAUACACCAGUUACCUUUACAGUGUUUAAACACAAAAAUUAAGGGAACUUCCGCUUUUCGUGACCUCGAAAGUUUACAUCGAUGAUGUAAAAGAGUUUUGGCCCAACCACAAACGAGGCCAAUGCUGCUAUGCCCGCGUUCUCGUUCCACCACUUAUUGACUGAUUGAGGUCUGACUGGACGGGAAAAUAUUUGGCUCUCGGUCAGGACGCACGACCUCGAACCAAUUAUUUUCCGUCGGUUCUCCCACUCGGUACUCUCUCACUCAUCGUCUUCGCUCCUGUGAGUGGAGCAGAAGGCUACACAGCAACAACUUCCAUCCAUCACAAAUUCCUACCAGUCCGAGCCCGGAUAGCAUUUGUUACUGAAGUAGUUUCUGAAGUGGAUUGAUUGUUAAUGGCAGGGGGUUGCUGGUCCUCUGCUCAACCUGAUUUAGCAGAUCUAGAAACUGCUGGACUGCUUUUGUCAGGACUCCCACUCAAGAAAUGUCUGACAUGGUUGAACAUGUCAGGGUUACUAUACACCCCAGUCAGCACAGCUCUUGAUAUCAUUGAACCACGCAAGCUUCUACACCACAACAAGGUCCAGUCCAAGUUAAAGCUUCCACUCUGUAAAUAAGUACUUAUUGUUUUUCUUCUUGUUAACAAACCAAUAAAAUUACUUUGUUUCUAGGAGGAGCUCGAACUCGAAAGAAAGGAUUUGUUACUAACCAAAUGAGCAGUGUGGUCAACUAAUGCUGAUCAGACUCAAAACAUGCUUCGCAAGUUAAAAUACGAUCUAGUACUAUUACCAUGGAAAAUGAUGUUUCUCUCGAGAACUGAACUUCAUCUUGCUGGAAUAAUAGUGUCUGCUGUAAUAACAGCAUUGGCCACUGGGCACAGCAUCAACUGGUCUUCCUACUCUAUUGUGCAGUCUCCUAUUCUUUCGAACAACUUUACUCCUCGCCACGAUUGUAAAUCUUGGAAAACAACUCUACGGCACAAAACUACUUUGAUUACCAAGACUGCUUGUACACGGAAGUAUUUCCUUCUUAUCCUGGUCUCGUCUGCACCGGCAAAUUUGGAAAGGAGAAGUUUUAUUCGUCAAACUUGGGGCGCUGAUAACAACAAAGCCACUCAGUGGAAGACAUACUUUCUCCUUGGUCAGACAAGGAAUCGAACACAAUCAGAUUUGCUCAAAAGAGAAGAUAGCAUCUAUGGCGACAUGAUUCGUGCGGAUUAUUAUGAACAUUACUGGAACCAGAGUUUGAAGAUACAGAUGGCCUUCGAAUGGGCGGCCAGAUACUGUAAUUUUUCUUACCUUCUCAAAGCAGACGACGAUGUGCUGGUUAACACCAAAGAUUUAGUGACAAUCUUGCGAAGAAGAUCAACACCAAAACAAGGGCUCUUUAUGGGCAAACUACACCACAAUGUUAAAGCAGCUCGAGAUGGAAAAUUUAAGAUCAGUUAUGAAGAGUACAAUCGUACAUAUUACACAGAUUUCUGUAGUGGUGCUGGCAUUGUUAUGUCCUGGGACGUAGUCCAUUGUCUGGUUCCUCUAUUUGAUGUGAUUAAGCCCUUUCGAAUGGACGAUGUGUAUAUUGGAAUGCUUGCUAACAGAUCUGGUGUAACACCAGUGGGCCAUGAUGGGUUCAUCAUCCCAUUCAGUUAUGAUGUCGACGAUUGUAACUAUGUGGCAAAUACUCUUGUACUACAUCGAGCUAUUGGGCAGUGCUUACUCAAACUGUUUCGUCUGCACUCUGAAGAUUUUGUUUAUGGCACAAAACUGGGAUCAUACUUCUGACGCCUGAUUACCUAAAGGCAAAUUUUUCUUUACAAUAUUUAAGCGAUUCAGUUUCUGACCGAACUACAAAAAUAACAUUUCUGAAUAUUAAAGGUCAUAGCAAGAUCAACGGUUCCGAGAAAUAUGACAACUUUUAAACACUUUUGGGGCGACGUUGGUUUAAUUUUACAAGAAUGUUUGUACGUUUUGCAAGUCAAAAGUACUAAAUAUUACACUCAAAGUGCUAGAACAUUUAUUAUGUGUCAAGUUUCUCUAGAUCUCAUGCUAACUGUCAAAGUCAAUUUGUAGCCAACAUGAUUCCUUCUCAACGCAGAGUCUUAUGCUAACCUCAGGUAACAUGUAAACAAUUCCGUCAGUAGCAAGCGCUAUUUUAAUUGGAAGAAAUCUUCAUUACUUUUAGUAAAAGCUACCAUAUUUUACACGAAAACUGAAGCUGCCGGGUCAAAUUUAAUGCACCGGUGAAGUACAAACCGCAUUUUCUCUAUUGGUCUUUGUUUCCUGCAGCUUUUUCGACCAGGUUGUUAUAAAGCGAGGGUGUUUAUUUAGUACUUUUGGCAGCCAUAUAUAGACUUUUCAUUAUACUCUAAAUGCUUUAUUUUACCUCGAAUUGGUACACGAUAAUUUUGUUUACGAUUGCAACUCAGUCCAACUCAGUUGAACACCCAGCGUUUAAUCGUGAAAAUACAAUGUUAUUGGCUGGAUAUAGUGUUUUACUUCUUGUAUUCAAAGUACCACAUAGUACCACAUUUUGUUUUUAAUUUUUUAAACGUACAUCGAAAACGUAUUCAAUAAUAAUAAU